AUAUUUCACUAGAUGCGUCACAUUAAGAUGCUGACCUUGUUUGGUCAAAGAUGUUCGUUAAGGCUUGUCCACACAUCGUGUUCACGUUUAGCAACCACAGAACCAAGCAAGCCGUCUGAACCGUCUAUUCCUGAUGAGUCGAUACCAUUUAAGCCGUACAGUCCAUUUCCAAAGCCACAGGGAAGGAUGGAAUAUGUGGUAACACGCCUUGAUGACCUAGCAAAUUGGGCCAGAAAGAAUUCCAUUUACCCUCUUACUUUUGGUCUUGCCUGCUGCGCUGUCGAAAUGAUGCACAUCGCUGGACCUCGUUAUGAUAUGGAUCGUUAUGGAGUAGUUUUCCGAGCUAGCCCCCGACAAGCUGACCUCUUGAUUGUUUCUGGAACUGUCACAAAUAAAAUGGCGCCGGCUCUUCGUAGAAUUUAUGACCAGAUGACUCCUCCAAAGUGGGUGAUUUCAAUGGGUUCUUGUGCCAACGGCGGUGGCUACUAUCACUAUUCCUAUAGUGUUCUACGUGGGUGUGAUCGCAUUAUUCCUGUCGAUAUAUACGUCCCAGGUUGUCCACCGUCAGCUGAAGCACUUAUGUAUUCUAUCUUACAAUUACAAAAGAAAAUCAAAUCAGGACAAACUAUGCAAUCAUGGUAUAGACGAUGAUGUGGACACAAAUCUCAUAAUUACUGUAGUCAGAAAUAAACAUCUCAAUCCGGACAAAAAUAACAACAAAGCUAAAAAAAAAUUUAGCCAUCUUCUUCUCCGCCUACUGUCUCUAAUUACCGUCAACAAUUUACAACCAUUAUUCUAUUGAGCGUUGAUGUGUAUUUCUUCAUAAAAUAUUAAACGGAAUUCUCUACUAAACACUGAACUAUAAUUUCACACACUGUUGAUAUUUCUGUUAUUUGUUUUGUAACUCUAAGCAAAAUUCUGUUAAUUAACUCAUGACUAAGAGUAUCAUUUUUUCCAAUUAUCAUAUGA